ACGAACGGUCGCAUUGUCAGAGUUAGCGCGCUCGCCGUCGCCACAGCAGACUACAGCAUUUUUGAAUUGAAUUUGAACAGUUGAGUUGCCUUAGUGCGGUGAGUAGCGCGCUCCACAUUAGCUCCGGCGUUUGGCAGGCAGUUGGUGUGAAUCGACACUUUCGGGCCUAAAUGCAUGUUGCAUCCGUUGGUUGGCCAACAGUGGUGGUAGUGUCGCGUUGCAUGAGUGACGUGUUAUGCCGUAACGUCGUGCUUGUCUCGCUUACGUUUGUGCGCUGCGUAACGCAAUUCAAAGCAAAACCAAAUAAAGCCAGCAAGCGCUGAGCCAAAAAGGAUAAUAAGGAUAACGAGCGCAUACAUUGCCGCUAGCGCGCUAUUGCUUAGUGCAAGCAGCAAUUAUUGUUAAGCGAAAGUGUGUGACCUGUUACAGUUACAUUGAAUUUACAGCUGCAAGCGCCAGCUAAUGCAAAGUGUAGUUCAUUUGUGAUUUAUUUCAAAAGUCAAAGAAGUGAAAAAUGAAGGAACAAAAACAAAAAACAAAACAAGAAGAGUGUAAAUAGCAUGUCAGCACGUGUUUGUUGCUUAAGCUAAAAGUGCUCAUUUUCUGCGCUAAAAAUUAUUUCGAUUUUUUUCUAAGCGCUCGCCACUCACUAUAGAAAUAGGUGCUUUUUAAGCCGCAAGCAAAGCGCUUCAGUGUGUAUAAAUCGGUAAAAUCGGUAAAUAAUAUUCUGUGUCAAAGUGUAGUGUAUAAAUCGAAGUCGAAUUUGUGCUCGCCUGUUGGCUUAAUUUGUUUGUUUGUGGCCCGUUUUCUUUGCGGUUUCCGUAGCGAUACACUUUGUGGCUUGCUUUCCGUGUCAGUUAGCAUGGCAACGUUUAUUUUAUUUUCGCCUUCUUAAUUGGCUAAAAGCAACAUUCUUAAGCUGGCACCUUAUUUUGUGUGUGGAGUAUAAUGACCUAAGCUGAUAGAGCGAAGUCAGCCCUGUUUGCCGAAACGUAAUAAACGAAAAUGCAAAUCCUUUUGAUGUUGCCAGCACAAGGACGAUGAGUAAUCAAAGCGUGCGGCGAUAGAAAGGCGAGAGGCGAAGAGUAACAAAACAAUAUCAGAGAAACUACAAAUACGAGCGUAGCAAAGAAAACGCUAACAAGCAGUUCAAUAUAGUGUUCAUAGUGGGAAAGAAAACAACAGCAAAAACAGGGCGCAACAAAAACUCGAGAGCGCGCAGAGUAUCCCGAAAGGGUAAUAAACAAUUUACGCAAACGAUAAAAGUUAAUAAAACACUUAAGCGGAUUGUGCGACAGCAUUGCCAAAGCGACAACAACAACACUAGCACUAGCAAAAACUGCGAGGAAAGCGAAAAGAAACACGCUACAAAGAUAAACGACACUGUGGCAACAAGGAAUUGUGUGGCAACAACACCAGCAGCACAUUAAAGUGGCCGAAGACCGGGCGCCACAGAGCGGGCGGCCGGAGUAGAACAAGCAGAUAUAUUGCUAUUGCAACAGCAGCUGAAAGAGCUACAACAGCAACAGCAACAGCAACGGGGGCAACAGCAGAGCAUAAUCAAUCAAUAUCGACCGUGGGGCGAGGCAACGCGCAGCAAAAACAAGGACACACACAAAAAGCAGUGCCAGUGGAGGACAUAAAUAACGGACGCAACUGAUAAGUAGUGCGACAGCGAGCGCAAAAACAACAGUUAUAUAAAAAAGUAGAUUGAGCUGGGCGCUGAGACGCACGCAUCUUCUUAGUUGCAACUGAAAGCAGCAUUGUGUGCCGGACCUUAAUGCGAAUUACUUGAGAUAAUUUAAAGGAAGAUGACCAAAAAGCGACGCUUGCCAACAGCGCCAACAACAAAGCAACGACAGACGACGCGUAGCAGCGCGCACACAAGCCGGACGCACGGAGCGACUGGCACUGCAGGUGCCACCGCGCCAAGCAAAAUGCCGAGCGCUGUUGCCAUGACGUCAGUGGAUAAUGCGCGAACAAGCAGCAGCAACAACAAAAAUAGUGACACAAUUCUUUACAGCAACAUUGAUAUGACACGCUGCAACGUCGACGUUAACCGGCUGAGCGACAGCAGCGGCGACGACGAUCAGCGACGAAGCGAAAACGUCAGCAGUAAAUCCCUGAGCUGCGUCAAUUGUGCAAGUGCAAUGUUAACGAUAAGUAAUGAGAAUAUUGGCAGGCGACAAGCAAGCUGCCUGCCAGCCACAGUCAACGCCAACCAAAUGCCGGCGUGUGGCAAGUACCAACGAAGCGCUGUGCAGCUAAGCGAGGGCAAUGCACCGCCGGCGACAAAUACAGGGUUACAGCAAGUGCAGCGCCGAGGCACUGCUAGCAGAGAGUUAUGCAACAACAUGAAAUAUAAGCUUGCAACACACUCGGCGUUGCAGCAGAAGUGCCAUAGUGAGCGCCAAGUAGCGGGUGGGCAGCUGCAAGCAGAGCGCGACAUGCAACAACAGCAAAGCAAAUGGAGUCAAACUCCGUCUGCAUACGGAGCGGCAGCGGCAGCUGAUAAGACCGAAUUUGAGGCAACACUCUCCGCCGCCGAAGCUUCGCAGUGUCAAAUUGCAACGAAAGCAGCAGCAACAACAACCAAAACAGAAAUCAAAGCCAGCUCACAGCCAGUUUCAAUCAAAUUGACUACGUCGCCAAAGGUAAAUGCAGCAAUCGUUGCCAAUACGAAGAGAACACGAAAAUCUUUGGAAGCGGCUAUCGCAAGUCCGAACGCCGCUGAAGCGAACUCCGCCGCCGCUCUGGCACCUGCCAGUUCGUUGACUCCAACAAAGACGUCUACCAUACUUACAAACACCUACGCACCUGCAGCUUUACCAACAACAACCAACACAACAACAACACGUGCCGCUGGCGCUCGAUGGUCUACACUUCUGGAGCAAGCGCUCGUCACUGUUGAAGACUUCGUCUGCUGUCGUUCGUCAAAGUAUGCGUCCAGCAGUGAAAUGAACAACAACAACAACGGCAGCAGCAUUACAAACGGUUUUGUUUGGUUGUUGCCCGUGCUCUGCCUGUUGGCUGCAUUCGGCUGCGGUCAAGCUGGGUUCGCUUGCCUCAGUAAUCCUUGCGUUUUCGGUGUCUGCAUCGAUGGCUUGAAUAGCAGCUCGUAUUCAUGCUACUGCAUCGACGGUUACACGGGAAUUCAGUGCCAAACAAAUUGGGAUGAAUGCUGGUCGGGGCCCUGCCAAAACGGCGGCACUUGCAUAGAUGGCGUCGCCUAUUACAACUGCACGUGUCCGGAUGGUUUUACUGGAAUCAAUUGCGAGGAAAACGUCGAUGAAUGCAUGUCCAAUCCGUGUCAAAAUGGUGGACAUUGUCGUGACCGGAACAAUGGCUACACCUGCACCUGUCAGCCGGGCUACUUGGGCAUCAAUUGCGAAAUCGAUGUGGCUGUUUGCGAGACGGGCACCGGCGCGCGUUGCCAGAAUGGCGGCGAAUGUAUUGAAGGACCUGGCCUGGAGUUCUCUUGCGAAUGUACUGCCGGCUGGCAUGGACGCAUCUGUCAGGAAGAAAUCAACGAGUGCGAAUCGGCGCCGUGUCAGAAUGGCGGUGUGUGCGUGGAUAAACUGGCGUCGUAUGUGUGCGCCUGUCCGAUGGGCUAUACGGGGAACAAUUGCGAGGAGGAAAUACUCAUUUGUGCGGACAAUCCGUGUCAGAACAAUGCGCUCUGCCUGAUGGAGGAGGGCAUACCGACCUGCUAUUGUGUGCCCGACUAUCAUGGCGAAAAGUGCGAGUAUCAAUAUGAUGAGUGCCAAUUGGGACCGCGUUGCAUGAACGGUGGCGUUUGUAUUGACGGUGUUGACACGUUUUCAUGCUCAUGUCCACCGCUGUUGACGGGCAUGCUCUGCGAGUGUCUAAUGAUUGGCGAAGAUUCGUUAGAUUGCAAUUAUACGGUGAGCAUAUCAACACUGCCACCGACAACAAUAAUACGACCAAUUACACCGACGGCUGCUGCACCCGUAACGACGACAAUGACAGCGGAAAUGACACCGCAUGUGUCCGCCGCACCGGUGAUGACAACAACAACAGCAGCGCCAGGUGGUGCAGUAUCAGUGUCCACCUCCGCAGAGACCGAAGAGACCGAGGAAGAGGCUGGUGCGGGUGUUGGCGCAGAAAAAGCCAAACCACCACCUGAGACGGCCACUACAGCAGGCAGCGCCACAUCCAUUUCAUCGGAGGAAAAGCCGCAUACCACGGAGGCAUCACGUUCGUAUACAGCUGAGUCGGGUAGUAGCGUUGAGUCGUCCUACUCCUCCGAAGGUAGUGCGUCGGUAGAAGGCGGUACAUCCGACGAGUAUACGACGCCCUCGCAUGUGGAUGCUAGUAGCGCUGAGGAAGGUGUGCCCACGACGGCCAAAACUACAAUAAGUGCCGCAGGCUCAGACUACACGCCUGGCUCAUCUGCAGUUUCGAAAAGCGCGGAAUCGGAUGAAGGUCCAGCCAUCACUUAUUCCACACGUCCACCAUUCAAGCACUAUGUUACCACCAUCGAGACCACAUUUUCCAUUGACUACUCCACUGCAAGACCCACCUCUUUGCGGCCAACGCCUUCGAUAUUCUUCCCCAGCAGCACAGUGCAUAUAUUACCAGACCUACCUGGCAAACACAUUCCCACCGAGUACCCUGAGUAUCCGGACCAGGAUAUGACUUCGCCACAUCGUAUAACCACCACGGUCGCGCCAUUCUUUACCGAAUACCCCGAAGUUGCAGUCACCACACGUUACAAAGACUUUACCAGCAAAGACUUGAGUAUGAUAACAACCGGCCGACCAACAACAUAUCCCUCAACACCGCCAUCGUUGACAUCCACCAUUGUGCGUAUUGGCAGCACUUUGCAACCCCAACCCGGCGGCGAAAUUGCGCCAUCAACUGUGACGCCGACAACCGGUGUGCCCGCGGAACGACCAGACGCGCACCAUCAUCAUCAUCACCAUCACCACCAUCACCACAGCACACAUGCGCCACCAACCAGCGUUGAGGAAUAUACACAACCGCCACAAACCACACAGACGCACAUCUAUCCGCACUUGACGACGCAUACCACCGAGCAUACGCAUUACCACACCACACAUCGACAUCAUUAUGAAGGUGCGCCAACCACUGUGUCAGCGCCAUUGCCAACGACUGCCGAGGUUACUACAACACAACCAUUAUAUACCGACGAUUUGGUUAGCCACACCACAACGCCACGCCCUGCUGCAACGCCGGCAGUGUCGGUGCCGUUACCAACAACUCUUGCGCCCGAGUCAGAAUCUGCGGAGACUACACAACCACCGCCACCACAACCAACCAUACCGCCAACAGAACCAUCAAUACCCGCCGCGCCAUUGCCAGUAACAACGCUGCCGCCACCACCAUUACCACCGUCAACGGCAACACCAACCGUGGUGGUCACAUAUCCACCACCGACGGAACUGGCGCCUGCUCCCGGCACACCCGCAUCGGCAUACACCACCUCACCACCGGCGCCAACUACCACCGUGCCAAUCUACAGCACCUAUGCGCCGCCAAGCAGCAAACCCGUCACCACAACAGUGGCCAGCAGCGAGGAAGUGGAGAGCGCCAAUACGGUGGCCACGGGCGUUGAAACGGGCAUAGCACGCGGCGGCGCGACGCUUGUUGGUGGCGCCGGUGGCGUUGAUAAUACCACCGAAGUGGAUUGCAUAAAAAUGGGCUGCUAUAAUGGCGGCACUUGUGUCACGACGUCGGAGGGUUCACGGUGCGUUUGCCGCUUUGACCGCCAAGGUGCACUGUGCGAGUUACCCAUCAUCAUCAAGAAUGCCGCCUUCUCCGGCGAUUCAUAUGUGUCGCACCGCAUCCACAAGGACAUACCACACCAUGAGUCAUUGGAUUCGGUGCUGCCAAUGCAUGUACAACUGAAGGUGCGCACACGUGCCACAAACGGUCUGAUAAUGCUGGCCGCUGCUCAGGGCACCAAGGGCGGUCACUAUAUGGCGCUGUUCCUGCAGAAGGGCCUAUUGCAAUUCCAAUUCUCAUGCGGUUUGCAAACAAUGCUGCUCAGCGAGCUGGAGACACCGGUGAAUACGGGCAAUGAGAUAACAAUUAGAGCAGAAUUGGACUUCAGUCGCAAUUACACGCACUGCAAUGCCUCACUGUUAGUCAACGACACGCUCGCCAUGUCGGGCGAUCAGCCGACCUGGCUGAAAUUGCUGCCGCCGCGCAUGCACACACCGGAAGUGAUACUCAAUACAUGGUUGCAUUUAGGUGGCGCACCACAAGCGCCGAUCGGCCUGAUUAUCGAACUGCCGCCAGCUCAGAGUGGCACCGGCUUCACGGGCUGCCUGCAUUCGUUGCGCAUAAACGAAGAGACGCGCGAGAUAUUCGGUGACGCUUUGGACGGCUUUGGCAUAACAGAAUGUGGCUCACUCGCCUGUUUGUCGAGUCCUUGUCGCAACGGCGCUGCUUGCAUUAAAAUCGAAACCAACGAAGUUGAUGAGAAUGGCGAAAAAGCGGAGAAGUGGAAAUGCAAAUGUCCAACCGGUUAUAUGGGACCAACUUGUGAAAUCUCCGUUUGUGAAGAUAAUCCCUGCCAGUAUGGCGGCACUUGCGUACAAUUUCCAGGCAGCGGCUACCUCUGCUUAUGUCCCUUAGGCAAGCAUGGUCACUAUUGCGAACACAAUUUUCCUGCCCAUACGAUUUCCCCCGCUACAAUCAAGAAUCUUACAGAUCUCGAAGUCGCGCUGCCGUCGUUCUCGGGCAGCGUCAAUGGACUGUCGUCGUUUGUCGCCUACACUGUGCCCAUACCGCUGGAAUACUCGAUCGAGUUAAGCUUCAAGAUACUACCGCAAACCAUGUCACAAAUUUCACUGCUCGCGUUCUUAGGACAAUCCGGUUAUCACGAUGAGAAGAGCGAUCAUUUAGCGAUCAGCUUCAUACAAGGCUACAUUAUGCUCACUUGGAAUUUGGGUGGAGGACCGCGACGCAUAUUUACGCAGAAACCCAUUGAUUUCCGUUUGGAUGCACCGCGUGUGCCGUACGAGAUCAAGGUUGGACGCAUUGGACGUCAGGCUUGGCUUUCGGUGGAUGGUAAAUUCAAUAUUACUGGUCGUUCACCGGGCAGCGUUAGUCGCAUGGAUGUUAUGCCCAUACUCUAUUUGGGUGGACAUGAGAUAGCGAAUUUCAAUACGCUGCCGCACGAUUUGCCGCUACAUUCAGGCUUCCAGGGUUGUAUCUACGAUGUGAACUUGAAGGCGGGUCAAGUGACAGUGCCGCUGCAGGAGACGCGCGGUGUGCGUGGACGCGGCGUGGGACAAUGUGGCACCAGAGAAUGCCACCGGCAUGCUUGUCAACACGACGGCGCCUGUUUGCAACAUGGCGCUACUUUCACUUGCAUCUGCCAAGAAGGCUGGUACGGCCCACUGUGCGCUCAGCCCAUUAAUCCAUGUGACUCCUUCAACAACAAAUGUGCGGAAGGCUCAACGUGUGUACCGCUGGUAAAUGGUUACGAGUGCGAUUGUCCGGUGGGCAGAACGGGCAAAAACUGUGAUGAAGAUAUACGCUCACUAAGCGAUGUUUCGCUAACCGGUCGUCGCUCUUAUUUGGCUGUACGUUGGCCCUACCUCUAUGAUAGCUCCGAUAAACUUGGUUCGAAGCGUUCGCAAAUUAUCAGUUAUCGCAACUUUACGAAGAAACUAAUGCCACCGAAACCGAUUGCUUCCUCAAACCAGCACUUUGUUAUGAAGUUGCUCAACGAAGUCGAGAAACAACGUAAUUUCUCGCCUGUGCCGCUUAUGGGCUCCAAGACUUUCGAAGAGCAUCAUCGUGUGCAAUUCUUCUUCAUCGAAUUCCAAUUGCGUCCGCUCUCUGAACGUGGUCUACUACUCUACUUCGGCACUUUGAAUAAUAAUCAGGAUAAGAAAGUCGGUUUCGUGUCACUCUCAUUACAGGGUGGGGUUGUGGAAUUCCGCAUUUCUGGUCCCAGUAGCCAUGUGACGGUCGUACGGAGCGUACGUAUGCUCGCAAUUGGCGAAUGGCAUAAAAUUAAGAUGGCACAACGCGGACGCUGGCUGACGCUUUGGGUUGAGGGUAGCGCAUCAUCGGCAUUGGCACCUUCCGCCGAAGUACUUGUCGAACCCGAUUCCCUGUUAUACAUUGGAGGACUCAAAGAUUUAUCCAAACUACCGCAUAAUGCCAUUUCUGGCUUCCCAAUACCAUUCCGUGGCUGCGUACGUGGUCUGGUGGUCAGCGGUACGCGCAUUGUGCUCAACGAAACAAAUAUAAUGGAUUCUCGUAAUAUCCGCGACUGUGAUGGCACGGCAUGUGGCGGCGAUUCUUGCGAGGCGGGCGGUCAUUGUUGGCUCGAUGAGAAACUGCAACCGCAUUGUAUUUGCCCCGAAUAUGCGAAAGGUGAUCGUUGCGAAUACUCGGAAAGCUGUAAACUAAUACCAUGCAAGAAUAAUGGACGUUGUUUGCGCAGCGGACGUUGCUCUUGUCCGAAUGGCUGGGGUGGAUUUUACUGUGAAAUAGCCAUGAGUAAGCCCACAACGCCAAGCUUCCGUGGAAACAGUUACCUGAUCUUGCCGCCGCCCCGCAUACCGAUGAAAGACAAACGUCGCGGCCCAUCCAUGUAUGUCCGACCACGUGAAGCCAUACAAGUUUCGCUGAAUUUCUCCAGCAUCGAACCCGACGGCCUGCUGCUGUGGAGCGAGCACGAUCGUAAUAAAUUUUUGGGCUUAGGCUUAGAGAACGGUCACCUGAAAAUGGCUAGCAAUUUGUUAGAUUCCAAUAAUGAUACCGUGGAGAUGCCAUCGACCGGCUUCAUUGCGGAUGGCAGUUGGCACUUGGCAAAGGUCAUAAUGGAUCGCAAUCGUUUGGAGUUGCAAUUGGAUGGUGAAGUGAUAUUCUCAGAGAAGGUGCUGGACGCGGCAACUGCUGCGUUAGCAGCAACCACACAACGAACAGUGUUAACGACGCGACGCUCGUUUGCGGCACGACGUGGUAAGGAACCAUCAAUCACCUACGAGGAUGUCUUCUAUUUGGGUGGCUUCCCGAACCAAGAACUGGUUAGUGUACGCACACUCGGUCGCUUCAACGAACCCUUCAAAGGCUGUCUGCAGGAUAUACAAUUCGGUGCCGAACCAACUGCCGUUAUAACCGAUUUCUCAGCUUACAAAGGCGAGAAUAUUGGCUCGUGUGAUCUACAUGGAGAUGAACCAAUGAUUGUAUAGGAGCGAGAAGAUGAUGUGUAGCAACAACACAAGAGAGAUUAUAAAUCUUCGGUAUAAAAAAUUAUUAAAACAACAACACAAACAAACAGACAUACAUACAUACAUACGAGAACAUUAGGAAAGCUUAAAAAUUGUGUUUAUUUUAUUAAACUGAGCGGAGCAAACGAGAGUGGAGAGAGUAAAAGAGCGUAAACUAUUGUAAGCAGUUAUGUAUGUAUGCUUGUGGGUGUUUAAAGAGCGAAAAUGCUCAGAACUUAAACUCAAUAAAGUUAAACUAAAAGCAAAAAGGAAGAAAAUUAAUAUAAAUAAAUAAUAUAAAAGAUAAUAACAAAA